AUGGAGUAUUCUAACUAUAACUGCAAUGGUAAAAUAUGGGUGUUCAUUCAAGAGCAUAUUCAGGUUGAGGUGUUGGCGGAUUCUGAUCAGAUGCUGACUCUGAAAUUGUUGUUUCUGGAGAAUAAUCAACAUUUAAUUGUUUCUAUUGUAUAUGCAAAGUGUGAAGCUGAGGAGAGGCUGCAACUAUGGAAUGAUAUCUACUGUAUUAGCAAUGUUAUUCAGAAUUCACCCUGGCUGAUUGGGGAGGAUUUUAAUGUCAUCAUGAGUGAAGAAGAGAAGAUUGGUGGUCUGCCUAUAUAUCCUAAUGAGUAUGAGGAUUUUGCAUUUUGUGUGAACUCCUGUGAUCUGGUGGAUAUCAGUUUUAAAGGGAGUCCUUUUACAUUGUGGAAUGGGAGGAUUGAUGAUCAAUGUAUAUUUAAGAGACUGGAUAGGUACACGAUGAACCAGGCUGGUCUAAUCUAUUUUGGGUUGGUGGAAUCUAAACAUCUGGCAAGAACAGGGUCUGAUCAUGCUCCUAUACUACUAACUUGUGGCCAGAAGACAGAGGUUACUAGGAGACCUUUCAGAUUUCUUAAGUUUUGGUCAGAACAUGCAGAAUUUCAGCAGAUAGUGAAGGAUAACUGGGUUUCAGAAGAAGCAGAUGUGUUUAUUAGAUUGAAACAAAAGAUGAAGAAGACUAAAACUGCCUUAUCUAACUGGAGUAGAGUAACUUUUGGAGAUAUUUUCAAACAGUUAUCUAUCAGGGAGGAGAUUGUAAGGGUGAAGGAGGUGUUAUUUGAAACAAGCCCUACAACAGAAAAUAGAAAGAUUUUACAGAAAGCCCAAGCAGAAUUAAAAAUGUAUGUGCAUUUUGAAGAAGAGUAUUGGAGACAGAAGGCAGGUAUUCAAUGGUUUACAGAAGGGGAGAAAAACACAAGGUUCUUUCACAGUUUAGUGAGAGGCAGAAGGAAAAGAUUGAGCAUAAACAGAAUUCAGAGUAAGGAAGGAGUAUGGGUAGAAGGUGAAGAGCUAGUGGCUGUUGCUGCUCAAGAGUAUUUUCAUAAAGCAAUUCACAGGCAUUCAGACUAUGGAGGUAUCCCCUCUAUUGAGAUAUAUUCAGAAAAGGGCUAUUGA